AUGGAUCUUGUCCUUCGAGCCAUUGUUUGGGGUACGCAGCAUUUCAGACCUUAUCUUGAAGGACGACCAUUCGAAGUUUGGACGGACCAUCGAUCUUUGCAAUGGCUGAGAAGCAUAAAAGAUCUUACAAGUCGUCUAGCAAGAUGGGCUAUGAAACUCGAUGCCUACGACAUGAUUAUUAAACACCGUCCUGUAGUAGUUUCUGCCGAUCAAAAACAUGAUCAAUAUAUUGCAAUUAGUAAUCGUGUUAAAAAUUAUCUUCAAUCAGAAACACACUUACGAUCUAAACGCAUGGUAAAAGUUUUAAAUCAGCAACAGUAUGUACAAAAUUCGGAUAAAUUAGGUCUUGGUUAUAAUCCGAUUAAUGGAAAUCCAACAUGUUAUUCGGGUUUAUGCCAAUUAGAAGGUUUUAAACACGAAAUUUUUAACUUAAACUAUCAACAAAUAGCAAGUGGAUCAUGUACAGCACAAUUAAUACCUCAGCAUGUACGUCUCGAUUGUUAUCCGUCAACAACCUUACCAUCACCGGAUGCAGAAAUUAUUGAUACUGUAGAACAAUUACAUAAUGCAACGAUGUCUAGUAUUGAUAUUGAAAAAUCAAAAUAUGAUAAUAAUUUUACUUACUUUACAUAUGGGAAUUCAUUUGAAACAAAAUAUAUGAUUGACAAUAUACGAUGUUAUCAAACAAAGACGAUCAAAAUAAAAAGGAAGAAUGGUAGGGAUGAAGAGAAAACGAACAGAAAUUAA